AUGGAGAAGGUCCAGGAAGCUGGAAAGGCCAAAGCGAUCGGUGUAUCCAACUAUCACCAGUCACAUCUGGAGACCACACUUAAAACCGCGAAGAUUGCACCCGUCAUCAACCAGAUCGAGCACCACCCCUAUUUGCAGCAAGAAGAGCUGGUCCGCUUCCAGCAUGAAAAGGAGAUCAAGACAGCGAGCUACAGUCCCUUGACGCCCAUUUUGCGUGCACCAGGAGGACCAGUGGAUCCAAAGGUGGCGGAACUCGCUGCAAAGUACAAGGUUACGGAAGGAGAAAUUCUACUCAGAUGGUCCAUCGACCGCGGAGAUGUGGCAGUCACCACAAGUAGCAAGGAAUCUCGACUACAGGAGUUUCUGCAUGUUCUCACCUUUCAGCUGACCCCGGAAGAGGUGAGAGAGAUCUCACAGCUCGGCCAGGGGCACCACUACCGGGUCUUUUGGCGAAAGCAGAAUGGCGAGGAGUAA